AUGAGCGAGACGCACGCGCACGACGCGCCGACGGAGGCGCGCGCGACGGCGCCGCCGACGACGUCGGUGACGGUGCUCGCGAACGGGGCGACGAUCGCGAGCGAGAACACGCCGGGAGCGACGCUGGCGUGCGGGGCGUACGUGGACUGCGGGAGCGCGCGCGAGGACGCGCCGUGGAAGCGCGGAUUCUCGCACGCGCUGGAGCGCGCGGCGUUCAGGGCGACGAAACAUCGAAGUGGGUUCAGGGUGACGCGAGAGUGCGAGACGAUCGGGGCGAAUCUGAGCGCGAGCGCGAGCAGGGAACAGUUUUGCUUCGCGGCGGAUGCGCUGAAGACGCGCGCGGCGGAGACGGUGGAAUUGUUGCUCGAUUGCGCGCUGAAUCCGGCGUUGGAGAAUCACGAGAUCGAACGAGUGGUGGAGAAUCUGAAGACCGAGGUGAAGGAGUUGAACGAGAACCCGCAGGCGUUGUUGAUGGAGGCGACGCACGCGACGGCGUACGCGGGGGGCUUGGGGCACGCCCUCGUGGCGCCGAGCGGGGAUCUGAGUCACAUCACGGGCGACGCUCUGAGAGAGUUCGUGCGAGAGAACUUCACCGCUCCGCGCGUCGUGCUCGCGGCGAGCGGGUGCGAACACGACGAGCUCGUGCGAAUCGCGGAGCCGAUGUUGGCGACGCUUCCGAGCGGCGAGGGUUCGCCCGAGACGCCGACGACGUACGUGGGGGGUGAUUUUAGACAAAAGAGCGAUUCCCCGAUCACGUCCAUCGUGCUCGGGUUUGAGUUCAAGGGUGGCUGGCGCGACACCAAGGCCUCGACCGCGAUGACGGUGCUGACGAUGUUGCUCGGCGGCGGCGGGUCGUUUAGCGCCGGGGGGCCGGGGAAAGGCAUGUACUCGCGCCUUUACACUCGCGUGUUGAACAGAUAUUCUUGGGCGCAAAACUGCACGGCGUUCCACAGCAUCUUCAACGACACCGGGAUCGUCGGGAUCUCCGCCAUGGCGAACAGCGCGCACACCGGUGACAUGGUGAAGGUGAUGGCGGGCGAGCUUCAAGCCGUCGCCGCGAGCGGGGGCGUGAGCCCGCAAGAGCUCGAACGCGCCAAGAACGCCACGGUGAGCUCGAUCUUGAUGAACUUGGAGUCCAAGGCUGUCGUCGCGGAAGACAUCGGGCGACAAAUGCUGACUUACAAGUACCGCAAGAGUGCGGCGGACUUCAUCGCCGAAGUGCGCGCGGUGAGCGCGCAAGACGUGCAAAAAGUCGCGAGCGACUUGCUCGCGAGCGCGCCCACGGUGGCCAUGACCGGCGAGCUCCACGCCGCGCCGCGUUACGAAGACAUUAAGGCGAUGUUUUAA